CUUCUAGUUGGCGCUCCGACGGGACUAACGGCGUCGCGACGCUCUCACAUUACGUUCUCCACAGCAGGAAUUUUUUCUUUCAACACCUGUGUGUUAAUAUUAAUGUUGGUGUGUUUGCAAAAGUCUUGAGGAAACGCCGUGUCUAGUUGAAGGACAUUUUCCAAAAAAUAUCGCUGGAUUUUUGGACAACACGACUAACGACACUACAACUAGACUUUGCGGGAGUGGCCAGUCGCCAUGUUUCCGUCGGUGGUGGUGUUCGCAGCCGCCUUAGGCCUGAUCUCUGGAUUGCCCUCGAUGCGAGACAGUCUGACUAAUCCCGUUCACGUAUACGAAGGCGACGAUGCUCUUAUAACGUGCGUGGUUAGGGAUAUUGGGGAAAACACCAUUAUGUGGAAGAAGGAGGACAGGGAGAGGCACAGCACUAGGGUAUUGACAGCGGGGGAUAAGAGGGUGACGGCUGAUAAGAGAUUCGCCGUCUUGCACGAUUCAUCCGCUUCGUCGGACGAAACCGCCGACGUGCCUUCAGGAGGAGACGUUUGGGUUCUGGUUAUAAAAAAUGCUAAACCAUCCGAUUCGGGAGUUUAUGUGUGUGAAGUGAAUAGUAAUCCCAUCGUUAGAAGUUUUCAUAAAUUAAGUGUACUGUCGAAAGCCCUUUUACCGCCGAGUAACACAACGGAUGCGACGCAAUAUGAAGAUCAGAAACAACAGUUCAGUAGCAAAGCUCACAAUUACACCGACUGUUGUAUUGCGAAAAAUGUCUCGUCCAACUGUCUAGGGUUUUGCAACAUUCAAAGCAUUUUGGAAGGUAGUACUGGUCAAGAUCCUGAAAAUUGCGAGUCAGAUUUUCCCUCAAUUGUGCGAUGUAUGGCCGAUGGGCGCAACCACGUCCCUUGCUGUAUCCAAGAGAGAGUCCCAGACAUAUGUCAGGACGUGUGUCGUGGCGAAUACACUGCAAUCACUGAUAAUAUCAAAACUCAUUUUUCAUGUUCUGCUUACACUGAACAAACCCUAGCUUGCAUCGUUGAAGGAAUAGAACUCCUCCCUAGUCCCCCACAAAAUCUAGAAGUGGAAGCCUUGACUGAAAAAUCGUUGAAAGUGUCGUGGACUCCCCCCGCGUCAAACCCUGAAAGCGUCACAAAUUUCGUCAUAAACGUCACAUCUCUCCGCUCUUUUGACGACCAUUUAAUCGAAACGAGUUCCACUCCCAAACCCUUGAUGAGCACCCACACGGUCCAAGUGAAGGUUCCCCCAUCUGAAAACACCACAACUUUGAACAAUUUGGACCCAUUUACAAUGUACGAAGUGACUGUAACAGCGGUCAACAUCCAUGGUUCGAGUCUCCCCAGCUACAACGUCCGUUCCCUUACACUAACUCCCGGCAAAAUGAAGACCACCAAAGUGGGGGAAGCCCCCCAACUCCCAGAUAUCAAAACUUGCUGUGCAAAAAAAGGAAUCGCCCAUAAAACUUGCAUUAACAAACUCUGCGAUCCGGCUUUGGCCGACACCGCCGAAAUCACCGAUUUGAUGAUUUGCGCCCCAUGGGCUACUGACACUUUCAGUUGUUUGACCAAUGGGCUUGACCACACUCCUUGUUGCAAAGCAAGGGGAUUGCCCGAGUUGUGUCAACAGUUGUGCACAGGGAAUGUCUCCAGUAUCGAUUUCAACUAUUUCAAGUGUUUGAGGUAUAUGGGGGAGUACACGAAUUGUCUCCUUCAAGGUUAUGGGGUUUUGCCCAGUGCCCCCACUCAAGUUCAUAUCACUAACAUUGAGACGGAGUUUGCGAUUUUGCAUUGGUCCACGCCCAAAACUCUUGGGGAUACUGUGCAACACUACAAUGUGCAUUAUAGGAGUGUUGCCACCUAUGAUAAUGAGUAUAAAGCGAUUCCGAAAGUUCACAGUCCGUUUAUUUUGGAGGAUUUGGAGAGUGAUACUGAUUAUGAGGUUUAUGUGGAAGCUGUCAACACGCAUGGGGUUGGGAUGCCGAGCAGCAGGAUCACUUUCCGAACAGAAAGCAAGAUUGUCGAGGAAAAAAUUGAAGAAGCUGCGGCCUACAACGUCACUGCAUGUUGUGUGGAAGCUGACCUUAGCUCCGUAUGUCUCCCUCUGUGUUCCUACAACGCCAACAUGAGUGAUAUAAAACUCCUAGCGGGAGUUUGCGGUGCCGAAUUCCAUAAACUCCUCCGUUGUGGAGCUGGAGGUCGUAACCAUGGUGGUUGUUGUAGUCGACGAGGAGUUCCACCAGCUUGUCUCUCCCUCUGUUCGGGAGUCAUCGUUGAUUCAUUACUAGUCACUGCUACUACUUGUGUGCCAUAUAUUGGAAAUAUAGCUCAAUGUUUCGAAGAAGGAACCGGACUCCUCCCUGGCCCCAUUUCGGAACUCCAUGCAACGGUGGUCGAUGAACAUUCGGUGUUGUUGGAGUGGGAACCACCAGCUGAAGGGGUCAAUGUCACCGACUAUGUGGUGCAUUACCAGAAAGUUGAUAACACUUCCAUGCAUGAAACGCUCCUGAAACUAGAUAAUCAAGUCAAUGUGACUGGGACUACGACGACUCUCACGGGCUUGGAGCCCGAGUCCAUGUACCACAUUUUCGUGGUUUCAAGGAACCAACAUGGUACCUCUCUCCCAUCGGCGAUUAUUGUGAUCAAACUUGUUAAAUCAGAUGGUCAAUGGGUGAAAGCUGUAACUUCCCCUCCACAUUCCCUCGCCGUGGCCGCCCAUAGCGCCACUUGGGUCACAAUUUCAUGGCAACCCCCCGAGUUUAGCCACCCUUCUGAGCAAAUCACGUACCGAAUUUACCAUAAAUCAACCGCUGAAGAAAAUUUCCACGUCAUAAAUGUCACACUUACCUCUCAUAUGAUCACAAAUCUAAAUCCCAACAUGCAGUAUAUUAUUUACGUUACGGCCAUUACGGAAAAAGGGGCGAGUAUGCCGUCGGAAACUUUGAUUGCGUGGACGGAUCCAGCAUACCCCGCUUUUGUCGAACCCCCGACCGUACAUCCGAUCAAUUUGGUGAUUGAAGGAAGUAGUAUGACGAUUUUGUGCAUUGCGAUGGGGACUCCGAUGCCCACAAUUUCGCUUUAUAUUUCUGGAAGGUUGGUGAGGCAAGAAACGACGAGACAUAUGGUCACGGUGAUUCAUAAUGUGACGAGGGAUAUGGACCAAAUCUCGUGCUAUGCGGAUAAUGGGUAUGGGACGCCGAUGCAGGCCUCCAGGAAAAUUACAAUCAGUCACCCGCCCCACAUCCAGGCCAGUGGCAUAACAAUGGCAGCUUUGGGCGAUUCGGUGACUUUGGAGUGCAAAGUGGACGCCCAACCCGAACCAAAGAUGAUUUUCUGGAAGAACCAUCAAGAACGAACUCCGGUGAUCCAAGGCGGAAAAUACGACAUAACCACAAUGCCGAUGAAAGACGAGGAAGACAAAUACGUGAUGCACUUGACGAUCAAACAAAUCACAGAUAUGGACGUUGGCGAUUAUUUUUGCCACGCCGAAAACGCAUUUGGGAGUGCAACCCAAGCCGUUUCGGUCCGAAUUCGCAACGUUGCAGCGACGCAUAACGUAACGCAAUGUUGCAUCGAACAAAACGUAACGUCAUCAUGUAUGGACGCGUGUUCUUUUUACCUAGAUAUGGACGCAGUGAUUGAUAAACCUGAAUGUAUCAACGAUUUUGAUAAGUUGAUGAAGUGUGCGGCCGAUGGCUCCGAUCAUAGGAGUUGCUGCACGCAAUGGGGGGUUCCCCGACGCUGUCUCGACUGGUGCCGAGGCGAGCCGAUCCUCAACAGCAAAAUCUGCGUCCUCUCUUACACCAAACAAAUCAUGAGUUGUUUCCACGAAGGCCGCGAGAAACUACCAGGACCGCCUCAAAACGUGCGCGUUGAGAACAUCGACUCGCAUUCGGUUAACAUCGUGUGGGAUCCCCCGAUUAAAAAUCCACACACUGUGGAGUUGUACAGAGUGUUCUGGCGAUUGGCCGAUAGUCAAGGCAAAGGUGGGCAAAAGGGCGAUACCUCAGAAACGCAUUUGAAAAUCAAUGAUUUGAAAGAGGGUGCCACCUAUGAGUGUGUUAUCAAAGCUGGAAAUAGCAAAGGAACGUCGACUUUAACCGAACCGAUCAGGUUUACAGUUGGGGAAAAAUAUAUCACUUCAGCAGCCAGUCACAGUGACGAUGGGAGUCACGUGGGCGUUGCUGUUGCUGUUGUUUUGGCACUUGUUGUAGUGGCGGCCAUUGUUGUUGCCGCUGUUUGGUUCAUGAGGAGUAAGAAGAUGCUGAUUAAAAAUUCGAACGGAGUGGCCUUCGAAAAUCCCAGCUAUUUAAGGGAGGUCAACAUGGACCACAUACAGGUCCCGCAGGGGCAGAGCGAGGGCGCCACCGUGUCCAACGGCGCCGCCCAUGGCAUUUCAGUGUCGUCCGCUUCUGGGGUUCAAGGGUGGAAAAACGAGGCCCUCCACGUACCUGCCGCGACCGAAGUCAACCCAACUCUUUACGAAGAACUGAAAUUGGGCCAGGAUGGUGCCGGUUUCAAGCGACUUAAACCCUAGUAUGAGGCUAGAGUGGGAGAUGAGUCCAGAUUUUAGGAAAAAUCGGUCACGUUAUUGUGAUAUAUGUAGUAAUAAAAAAAAUAUAGUAUUCGUACCACCGGACAGGUAUUUUACCUAAAUACCUCAUAUAGUGUAAUAUUUUUCUCUCCUAGGUGAUAAGGUUGUAAAAAUUGUGAUUGAGAUAUAUUUGGGAGGGGGGGAGAUUAGAUUAUUGUUAGUGAAAAUGAUAAAAAAAGAUGUAAAAUAGAAAAAUUUUGUAAAUGCACUUGUAGAUUGUAAAUUAGUAAAAACAGUCCAAAUAUUUGUAUUAUUGAUAGGUUAAUCUAAUGACUGAAUGUUUUAUGACGUAGUAAAAAACGUUCAUGAUCACGUGUGUUAAUUUGAGUGAUAUUUUGACAUUACAGAUUUUUGGUUUUUGAUCAAGGAACUUGGUCUUAUUGAAAAAAUAUCAAUACCAACACACGAAUAAUCAACAUAGUAAUUGUUAACUAAAAUAAUAUAGCUUCUAGUCUUAUGUAAUAUAAUUGUUAUGUAAUAGAAAUAAAGCCAUGUUUCUUGAUUGUAGGUGAUUUAUAAUGAACGAUGAAUGAGGUUUUAGAAAUUUAAAAAAUACACGUAUUGUGCCUUUCUCACAUGUCUUGUAAGGAAAUCUAAUUUCAAAAUAAUAUGUAGAGAGUUUUAGAUAUUUCUUUGUACAUAAUUUUUAAAAAUUUGUAAAAUAAUACGAUGUCACCAAUAGCAAAGGCAAUAGAAAUAAAAUACCAAAACUUGAAA